AUGGCGGCGGCUCCACUUCCUAACGAACAGCCAGAUGAAGACGCAUCGGAACUGCUGUUUCCUAAAGAGUUUGAGAAUGCAGAAACACUGCUGAUCUCAGAAGUACAGAUGUUGCUAGAUCAUAGGAAACAACAGAACGAGAGUGCUGAGGAAGAACAGGAAUUGUCGGAGGUGUUCAUGAAGACUCUUAAUUACACCAGUAGGUUCUCCAAAUUCAAAAACAGGGAAACCAUUUCUGCCGUCAGAAGUCUGCUGAUGCAGAAGAAGUUACACAAGUUUGAGCUUGCUGCCCUUGCUAACCUCUGUCCAGAAAAUGCUGAUGAGGCCAAAUCCUUAAUUCCAAGCUUAGAAGGGAGGUUUGAAGAUGAAGAGCUCAAACAGAUUCUUGAAGACAUUCAGACAAAGCGGAGUUUCCAAUACUGAAGACAUUCAAGCAAAGCAGAGUACUGAAUAUGUAAAUUCCAGCGAGAUGUAAUAGAUGCGACUGUCUGACAACAGAUUCCUGUAAUAAAACACUGAUCUGGAAACAUUGUUAGCAGCGUGUGUUACAAAGAGAAAUUAUGACGUCUUUCGGAUCAGUUUGUGGAAGUGAUAAUACUUCAGAGUUCUUUUGACAUAAAAAGAAUUCAGCUGGUAACUGUUAACUGGUGUUAGUUAAAUACAUCAAGCAUAAAAAAAUACUCAAGACAUGAGUAUUUUCUGCAAUAUUUCAUCAUUCAUUUGUCACUGUCACUUUACAGAAUACAGAAUGACUUUUAAGAAUAUGUUUCAUUUAAUUGUGUUGAUGUUAUCAUGUAUUGUAACAUUUUAGUGAAUAUUGAAUCCAGUUUAUCUUGUGUAUACCAAAACAUGACCCUGUCUAAAAAGUGAAUCCAGGCUAUCCGGUCCACCUUGCCCUUUGGGUCACGUGUGCUACAGGGAUACCAUGGUAUCUGACAUCUCUCUGGCAUCUUGUCACAUUUUCUUCUAAAUUGCAACUACUCAUGAACAACAGAACAGAUUUUUAUCAAAUUCAGUCUGAAGUGUGCUUAGGUGAACAGAAUGGAGUUUUGUACAAGUUCAUGUUUUGACCUUCAGUAAAACUAGGUCAGCUUCCCUAUAAAUAGAAAUUGGCUGUACAGGUUGCAGUUUGAAACUUCAUUUGUGACAUUAACCAAAUUCAUUGUCAUCCAUCAAAAACACAGCAGCAUAGCAAGUCAUCUACCCUUUAUUUAGUAGUUUAUUAGACCAUAUCUACACCAGAGACAUUCACAUCAUCAAACUGAGCACCAUCUUCCAGUAUUACACCGUAUAACACUGCCAUUUAUGCAGCAUUUAAAUGAAAGGUACAUAGUUUUAUUUAUGUAUAGUGUCUGUAACCUACAUAUGCACUGCAGAAUGUACAAACACAAACUUUAACAAGAGGCGAUGCUUGUGAACAAGUGUAGGUUUCCAUUUACUUUUAUCAUGUCAAACAAAUUUGAGACACAAGGGCAUUCAUGUAUGGUUUAAAUCUGUUGUCUGUACUGACAACAGAUUACAUCCUUAUCCAUUAGAGAUAUCUUGAAACUUCGAUUUCAAUCAUCAUUAAAAUGUACAAGACAA